UCCGUGCACCGGGCGGCAGGGCUGUAAACCACACCGGGGCUAUUAAUUAAUUAAUGGCCUUUAGCCGAGCGGCUGGCUCUCCGGCUGGAGCGUAGUAUCUCUGUUCGGAAGCACUGGGACAGCAGCAGUCCAGAGCAGCGGCCGCUGAACGUCCAUCAAUCACCAGGACCACUGUGGUCCUGCGCAGUUUCCCGGCCAGAAAGAAGCAGCAGUAGCAGGGGGAGGGAUGAGACGCGGGAGAAGAAGAAGAGGGAAAAUGGCGAUGGAGGGGCCUAGGCAUCAACCGCCAACCCUCGUCCCUUUACUGAUGAGCGUGACGGCUGUGUUGAUCUCGCACCACAUCUUCAGCGCCGCCGCGCAGAUUCCAGACCCCGAGCUUCUGCCAACAGACCCUCCAAAAAAGCCGGAUCCAGUCACGUCAGAAACGGUGGUGUUUUGGGGUCUUCGAUUGUGGCAGGUUGUAGGCAUUUUCUCCAUGUUCAUCCUAGCAAUUGUAAUAACGCUGUGCUGCAUCUUCAAAUGCCGAAUUCCCAGAACGAAAAAAGAGAUAGAGGCUCGGCACGCACAAAGACAAGCCGCGAAGACAUAUGCCAACACACUGGAGACGGUGCCCCCCCUCAACGAACUCACUGAGGUGCCGGGAGCGGCGAAGCCUGAGGAGAAGGAGGAGGUGCCAACCGUCGCGGGCAAGGUUGACGCAGAGAAGGGAAAGAAGAAAGAAAAAGAAGGCAAAAAAGAAGGCAAGGGUGCAAAAGAAGGAAAAGAAGGGAAGGGAGAAGAGAAGGAUGAAACCCCAAAGAAGAAAGGGGAAAAAGGGGAGAAAGGGGAGAAAGGAGCAUCAAAGAAAGAGGAAUCGGACGGAGGGAAAGGUAAAAAGGGAGGUGGAGAGAAAGGGGAAGAAAAAGGAGGGAAAGGAGGUGGUGCCAAGAAGCCUGCUAAGAAGUGAACAUUUAGUCACCUU